ACUGAAGAGCUGGUUUACCUUAAACUUGUUCUAUGAAUUUGGUCUGUACAGGCUAGUAGCUACAUUUAUUCACGGGGCUUAUCUUCAGUUUGCCAAAGCGUUAGGUUUUAACUGUAAAAGGUUGCGCGUGCAAGACAAGGAAUUCCAUAAAUGAUUUUCCCGUUGAGAUGGGGUUGUUUGAUUAGAUUGUGACGGUAUGCGGACAGGAAUUAUAAUUUGAACAUCGUAUCCGAGAGGACUUGUCUUAGCUUGGCACCUGAGGAAUGAUUCGAAUCCAAUCAAAACGUCGUCGUUGAAUUCCAUGUGAUGCGUGUCUUUCAGCAGGUGUCAGAUUGGAGAUUUAGUUCAUUGUAGUGGCUCCAGCUGAGAAGAACCACUCAGGCACUGAUACACCGAAGUGAUCAGGUUUUCCCUGAUCAGAAUCCUGCUUUGGAGAUGGAGGUGAUUCGUCGCUCCUCUGUGUUUGCAGCCGGGGUGAUGGAAGCCUUUGACCAUUCCCCGUCCGACAAAGAACUGGUGUCCCAGUCCAAGGCGCUGUGUAGGGACUACAUACACUCUAGGCUCAACAUCUAUGGGCUGGGCUCGUCCAAAACUCAGGUGGACUCAACCCUUUGUGAGGUGUCUGCUGUGCUUCUCUGUCUCGGUGAUGAGCUGGAGUGCAUGCGGCCGAGUGUCUACCGGAACGUGGCGAGACAGCUCAACAUCUCAGUGGCCAUGGAGACCACGGUGUCCGAUGCCUUUGUUGCCGUGGCAACCGAGAUCUUUUCUGCAGGCAUCACAUGGGGUAAGGUAGUAUCUAUGUAUGCCGUGGCCGGCGCUCUGGCGGUGGACUGUGUACGUCAGAACCAGCCUGCUACGGUCCAAACCAUAGUGGACAGUCUGGGUCAGUUUGUCCGCAAGAACCUGGCCCCUUGGCUGAAGAAACGUGGAGGAUGGACCGACAUUAAGAAAUGUGUGGUGAAGUUAGAUGCCGUUCCUCAGACCCAUUGGCUGUCUCCAGUUGCCGAAUCCUGCAAGCACUUUCUGUCAACACUGUACAUCUACAUUAUGAAGGAGCCAUGAAGGAAUUGGGAGAAGAACUGUGGUUGAAAGGACAAGAGUUUCAAGUCCUUGAAUUUGAAGGCUCUGUGCUUCAGAUGAAAUAGACCUCAGACAUCCUCUAACUUUCUGAUGGAACACAUUUUCUUAAAUUGGUGAUGGCCAUCUAAACAGUGACUCUCCUUCGUGCAGAGUACAAGUCACAGUAUCACAUUUUGUAUAAUCAUCAUCAAUUUAAUCAACAAUGACUGCUCUUGUAAUCUGAGUAAUCUCAGAUUACCCAGAAGUAAUCUUCUCGCGUACGUUUUCACUUCCCGGCCAUGAGAGAUUAUACAAAGUUUAGUCACAGGCAAUUUCAUAUACACAUAUCUUCAGUUCAGAUGAUCAACGUUUGUUCAAAGUACUUGUACAGAACCAUGUAUCUUUCAGUGUUGUAGUGUAGUUUCCGCAACCAUGUUGCAGUGAGUAUGUGUACUGUGGUAGGUGCUCAAAUCUCUGAAGUAAGAUCCAGUCUGAUGAUAACUAUAGAAUAUCAUCUGGGACUUUACACUGAAUAAAUGGACAAAGUGAUAGCAUCUGUUCUAUGGACAAGGAUUUGCUGCUUUUUGCUGCACCCCUGUGGAGGACAUAUGAAAUGUAUGAUGAGUUACUACUUUGUUGUGAUGGGAUGCAACAGUCCAUCCAGGCUUUGUCCACACUGUACAGUGCUGUUGAUCUCAGGGGUGUAUUCACUAGGAAGCAAACGGGCAGGAACGGGGAGGGAUCUACCUUGCAUUUGUCCAAUAAGAAACACUUUUGUUGCAAAAUGUGCACUAAUGAGUACACCCCAGUUGAACACCCAUCAAUUUGUACCAUUGAGUACAAAAGACAGAAUGAUGCCUAUUCUAUUUCUUUUAGCCUUUUUAGAUACUAAUGUAUUUUAUUGGGAAACUGUAGUGAUGAUGAAUGAAUCUGUAUCUCUUUACAGCAUCUUUCCUGUGGUCACUUGCAGUAUUUACUUAAAGGUCCAAUGCAGCAAUUUUUAUCCCAAUAUCAAAUCAUUUCUGGAUAACAUUUUAGUUCCUUAUUGUGAUUAUUUUAAAUUUAAAAUUGUCAAAAUUAAACAGCUUCUUAGCAAAGAGCAAUUCCUCAAGCAAAAAUGUUGCUGUCUGGUAGUGGUCUGAGUGGGGAGAGGAAAACUAGUUGUUAUUGGCAGAGAGGUUUGUAACUUUUAUUUGUUUAUUAACUAAUUUACUGCCUGGUGACGAUACCAGGCAGGCCAAAACUCCAUCCCCCCAAAACAGCCUGACAUUUCAGGUAGUCUUUUCAAACUAAAAAAGUGCAGUAUCAUAAUUUUCACAAUUUCAGUGUUAUUCCAACCUCAGUGUCAAAAUAUAUAUAACGCACAGGAAAAUCUAAUUAUUGACAGCACUGGGCCUUUAAUAUUGAGCUUUUAUAUGCAAAAUAAACGUAACACUAUCGAGAUAAUGGUGUUGUAAACAGAGGAGCAAAAUCAUCACAAUUAGAUCAUUUUAAUUGUUCAAAUCAAUCAAAUUUUAUUGGUCACAUACACGUGGCUAGCAGAUGUUAAUGCGAGUGUAGCGAAAUGCUUGUAAACAUGAAUACAUAAAAAAAAACAAAUAACUGCCUAGUUUUCUAAGGACCGACAUCUCUGUCAGCGUCAUCAAGAAGUUACAUUUGUUUUUAUUCAACAGAUCCAUUGGGGUUCAAUACAGCCUUUGUGGGAAGACACAACUUGAUUUAUGGUAGCAAUAAAUUAAGUGCGUCAUACUGAACUCAUACAAUACGUUGUUUUUUCUUCAAAUGUUACUCUCACGCAUUCCCCAUGAGACACAUGCAUUGGAUCCUCUUAUCUCACACAUUGAAAAGUACUGCUUUCAUUUUUCUUAUUAGUCCAUUGUUUAGUCAGUGUGUUAUUUUCUCAACUGUACUCCAAAUUGUAUUGAAAUCGGGGGCAUCUGCGCCUGCAAUUUACCAUCACGAGCCAACCUGGUCUCAGCGCAUUUCAUAUUAUUCUGUAGAAAGAAGACGAGUAGACAGCCGGUACGUUGCGAUAAACUUUAGUGAACUAUUAACAAAAUAUAUUUACAAAAUAAUACAUAUGGGAACAGUCAGCCGAGAGCAUCAGGACGCACAACUGCAACGCGUUUUGACUACUAGAGUCUUCGUCGGGCAGCGUUGUGGACGGAAGCUGACGUGUCUCUAGAAAUAGAGGUGGGGACAGGUAAACGUCACAUGACAAGUAAACUACAUGAAAAACACCUACAACAGUAUCACGUCAGCGUAUAGAGGCAACAUGAGAAAUAUGACAAAUAAAUGCAACAUGAAAAAUUGUGCACAGGAAUGUAUACAAAGAAUGUGCGUAAAUGGAUACUCUAACAGAGUUGCCUGCGUAAAAGACAGAUUAUGCACUGGUGCAUAAAAUUCAUGGCAUAAAAACACAGGAAGCACACCAUGGCGGUAAUCAGAAACUCAUCAGAGCAAGCAAUUACACAAAAGGCUACACAGUGUAUUCAGAAAGUAUUCAGGCCCCUUGACUUUUACCACAUUUUGUUACCUUACAGCCUUAUUCUAAAAAUGAUGAAAUAUU